UUUAUAAAUAAUUGGUUCGCCUAUUCAGCUGAUAUUCAUUGAUUGAGAGUUCAUGGUUUUAAAUUACUGCUUUUCUCUUUGCUGACCUGUCAAGUAUUUUAAACCAGUUCGGUUACUUAAAACAACCAUGUAAAAUCAUCCAAUGCUCAGCAAGUUAAGAACAAAAGAAACAAGAAGUAUUCAAGUUCCAGACUUCUAACUUGUUUUGAAAGUCAAGUCAACGUUUUUUAUCAUUCCAGAAAACAAAUAAAGAAUCAGUCUCUUAAAUUGUUGCUUUAAAAUCAAAAUGGAAACUACUCAAGUUAAUGCUUGCUGGAGAAAAUCAGUUUUAAGGAAUGCUUGGGACCUUCUUCUCUAUGGUUUAUAUUUUAUCUAUCCAUUCAAAAAGAUAAAGUGUCCAUCUGGUUGUAAAGUUGUCGGGAAAACAGUGUUAAUUACUGGUGCUACUCAAGGGAUUGGUAAAUCGACUGCGAUCGAACUGGCUAAGCGUGGUGCUAAACUGAUUCUUGCAUGUCGGAAUAUCGAUCAAGCGAAUCAAUUAGCUCAACAAAUCAGAGAAACAACCGGAGCCGAUGUAACAACAAUCCAUCUUGACCUAGACUCAUUACAAUCAGUUAAAAAAUGUGCAAAUACAAUACUUGGGUCAGUUGACAGACUUGACAUUCUUAUCAACAAUGCAGGAAUGGCUGGAGCCGAUGAAAGAAAGGUGACAAACGAUGGCUUUGAAAAGGUUAUGCAAGUAAAUCACAUCGGUCCUUUCCUGCUAACGAAACUUUUGCUUCCACUGGUAAAAUCAAGUUCUCCGAGUCGUAUAAUAUUCACUGCUUCAUCCAUGCACCGGAUACUUUACAAAUUGGAUCUAGAAGAUUUGAAUUCAGAAAAGUUUUAUCAUUCUAGAAACGCCUAUGCCAAGAGUAAAUUAGCCAAUAUAUUGACUACUAUCUAUCUGAGUUCUAUGGUGAAAGAUUCCGGCAUUACAGUAAACUCAUUUUGUCCUGGACCAGUUAAUACCAAUUUAGCUUCUGAUCUGACUGGUCCCAUAAUGGCAGCUAUCUUUAAACCUUUCGAGUCAAUAAUUUACCGGACUCCUGAUCAAGGAGCUCAAACCUUAAUUUACCUUGCUGUUGAAGAAUCUCUUAAGUCUGUUACUGGGUUACAUUUCAUGGAUUGCAAGCCGAUAAAAACGAAUGAACUUGGAUCAGAUUUUAAGCUGGCAAUUGCAUUAUGGGAAACCACCGAAAAACUUCUAAACUCACAGGAAAAUUUAUAACUUGUAUCAAAUUAACUUUUAUAAAGAAAAAUAGUUAAACAUCGAAUUUUAUUAACUUUUUAUUGUAAUUAAUUAGAUGAAAAUUCGGUUUGCAAUCAAAAUAAAGGAUGUAAACCCAAAAUAUGUUAACACUCAUAA